AUGAAAAGCGUGCUGUUGCUGAACGCCGCCAUCUUGGUUCAUGCUGGAGUCAACAUUCCUGUUCAGCCAAAUUUUGAUGUCCGAAAGAUUACUGGGAGAUGGUAUCCCAUUGCGGUGGUUUUGGCUAAUGCUAUAACGUUUCCCGGUGAGCCAGCAGCUAACGAAGACGUGGUGCCUUUGGCCAAUGGAGCAAUACUUGUCACAAAUAGUUUCAUGAGAAAUGGAAUAUGUACGAAGUAUGCACUUAUUUUUGAUCCCAGUCAUCAGCCUGGUAAAUUUUUAACUCAAGACAGGAGUAGCACUCUACGUAUGGUAGAGGUAAAAUAUAACAGCCACUACAUUCUUCACGUUCAAAUGAAAAAUUCUGCGGCUCUGCAUCUAAAUACCAGGAAAUUGAAUGGAAUAGACGCCAUGAAAAACACAUUCAAGCAGCGUGCGGCCUCAAUGGGAUUCAGUGUUGAUGACAUACAAUUUCUAGCCCCAGGCGGUAAGUGA